AUGAAUGGCUUAGAACAGAACGGAGAACGAUGGUUGACAUCCGAUGAAAUAGCGGGCAUAUGGCCACAAAUCCGAUUGAACGCUGUAAGGGAAUUUAUAGGGUUAUAUCACAAGGAAAAGGAUGCAAGAAAGAGGGGUCUCCUAUGGGGAGACGAGAUUGAGUAUAUCCUGGUAUACCUUGACCACGAGAACAAAUCUGUUAAAGUUUCGCUAGAAUCCGAAGAGCUAUUGGAGAAAUUAAAGAGAUUAGAUUUCAACAAUGUUUGUCCUGCCAUGUGGCAAAGGGAGUACGCCCGUUACAUGGUUGAAUCGGUGCCUUUCGUGCCCUUUUCAGGAGGUAUAGAGUCCAUACGUUCUGUAGAAGCAAGUAUGGCAAAUAGUGUAGCGGCACAAAACUGCACUUCAAACAAGAGAGGGAGAUACACAGAACGCAUACCAAUAUUCAAAGACGUCCACACGAUGGAUGCCAUUAAAAAAGACCUCUCACAGUCCAGCUAUAAAGGCAAAGAACAGGAAAAGGCACAGCCAGGAACCAUCCGUCUUGACAUGUGUGUUUGCGGCGGUACCUGCUGCGCGCUGCAAGUGACCCUGCAGGCAGCAGAUUUAGACGAAGCUAGAACUUUACACGAUCAACUAACUCCCCUAUGUCCAAUUCUUAACAAAAGAUCCGGUGCUCACAGAACGACCAAGACCCGUAACGACUCAGUGAGUUGCUAUGCACAACCUUAUAACUCUUGCUAUAACGACGGACCUAUGUUCACUGACGACGAAAUAUUUGGGACGCUUGUGGAUGAAGAUGUGGAUGAGGCAAUGUCUUGUUACGUCACCAACUUGUUCUCGCGAGAUCCUUGGGGAUUAUCUGAGAGCCACGUGCAACAGUCUGGAGUGGGCCGAUUGAACUCCAUCGGUCUUUAUAAUGUGCAGUUGACGGAUUUCGAAAAUGCUGCAUUUUCAGUAUUUCUAGUUUUGCUGACGCGGACCAUUCUGACUUAUGACCUUGACCUUGUAGUACCAAUUUCAAAGCCCAAAGCCUUCCCUGGACUUAUCCCAUUGGUUAACAGAUACUUGGACGAUCAUGGCGGAAUUGACAUAGAAACCAGAUUGGCUGCGAAUCGGUACCUUGACUUCAUAGGAAAACGAGGGUCUGGUGAAAUACCAACAGUUGCUAGAUGGAUGCGAGAGUUUGUGACGUCACAUCCAGACUACAAAAAGGAUUCCGUAGUCAGUGAACACAUCAAUUAUGACUUGAUAUCUCGAUGCAAUGAGAUCUCAAGCAUGAAAUCAAAAUAA